CCCCAUCUUCUAUCGCGGGGAUAGAUAGACACACCACGGCACCACAGAAGCAGCAGCAGCAGCAGCAGCAGCAGCCCCAUCAAAACCAGCAUCAUGUCUUCGCGGCCGCGUCGCUCGGCCGCCCAGCGCGCCACCGUAGCAAUCACUGACAUGGCCGACAGAGACCGAGAACCCACCGAGCAGCGCACCAUGUCAUCGCGCAGCUCCCGCCGCUCGGGGAACGGCAUCGCCUCCUUCACCCGGGGGCCCGCCACCUCGUCGUCCCCGGCCACCAGCAGCAGCCCCGCCGCCGGCGACGCCAACCAGCACAUCCACCUCACCGUCAAGCUCCCCUCCAGCAAGCUACGCCAGGCCACCAGCAGCGGUGCUACUGCUAGUAGCGGCAAGCGCAAGUCUGGCGGUAGCGUCACGGCCGCUGGUGGUGCCGGUAAGGGCGGGGCGGGUGGUGCGGGUAAGCGGACGCGGGGUGGGAAGAAGAGUUAUGUUAUUGAGAGUAGCGAGGAUGAGGAGGAAGAGGAAGAGGAGGAGGAGGAGGAUGACGAGGAGGAGGAGGAUGAAGAGGAAGAUGAUGAGGAUCGGUCGGUGGAGGGAUCGGAGAUUCAGGUUGUCCCGCGGAGUUUUGCUAAGGCCGAGAAUGAAGAUGAGGAUGAGGAAGAGGAUGAAGAGGAUGACGACGAUGAGCAGAUGGAGGAUGUUGGCGAAGAUGAUGCCGAGGGUGAUGAUGACGGCGACGAUAUGGAUGUUGAUGCUGAAGGCGAUGACGACGACGCUGACGCGGAUGGAGAUGUCGACAUGGACCUAACCCCCGCGCCGAGGCCCCCAACUAUCAAGGUCACCAAGCCUUCCAAGAACACGUCGACUCCAAGCAAAGGGCGAAGCGCACCUGUGGCAAGGCCCGUUGCCAGGGGUACAGCUGUGCCGAAAUCCCGGGUCGUCAAUGAUGACGAAGAAGAUGAUGACGAGGAAUUGAGCGAGCUUGAGAGUGAGCCUGAGGACGUCACUGUUGAGGUCGCCAACGCUGAGGAAGACGCCGAAGGCGAUGAAGAGGAGGAUGUUGAUGCCGAAGGGGAAGAAGAAAUCGAGGUGGCCGACGAGGACGCCGAAGGCGAGGACGACGGGGAACUCAUGAGCGGCGAAGACGACCUCAGCCGUGGCGACACGCCCGACCUAUCCAAGCUAACGGCCCGCCAGCGGGCCAAGCUGGGCGAUGUCUCGCACGAGUACAUGAAGCUAUCCGAUGAGGUCCAAGCCAAAAAGCACUUCACCGCCGAAGAACUCUCGAUGCGCCGCGCCGAGAUGGCCCGGCGCAGACGCAACCUCAGUGAUAAGCGCAAUGAGGAAGUCAAGAUGGAAACAAUCAACAAGCUCCUCAAGAAACAGGCCCCGAAAACCACCCGCAAAAACGCCCUUUUGGCCGCCGGCGACGAGACGCCCGACUCGGACGCCCAGCGUGCUGAUCCCAUGUUCAUCCGCUGGGUGAGCACCAAGACGGGCAACAGGGUGGCCGUGCCCGAUGACCUGCUCACUGGGCCCGCGGGCGAGGUGUUUAAGCCCAGCGGGGAGGGGCUUCGGGGGAAGAUGGUCGAGGAGGUGUCUUGAUUAUGGAUGGACAGGGAGAUUGUACACUUGGGACGGUUGCUUUUGCGCUUUUACUCAGAGUUAAGAGUGUUCAUUGGCGUUUGGGGGACCGGCACACGGAAAUGGUGUGUCGGUAUUGCUGAUCUGGUAGUAAUAGAGCCGAUUUCUUUCUUCAAUACGUCGGGGUCACCUUGCCUGUUGGUGAGGGAGUGAUACUGUGCUGCGCUACUUUCC